AUGAAAUAAUCACAAAUAUUCAUUAUAUUGGUUUCAUGCAAUGUAGUCUGUAAUCUUGCUAUGUCAAUAAUUGCUCCGUUUUACCCUUAAUUUGCUAAAUCUAGAGACAUUUCUGAGGAUAUCAUAGGUAUCAUAUUUGCAGCACAUCCUUUGGGACAAUUUAUUUCUUCGUUGAUUUUAGGGAAAGUUAUCACACAUGAAAAUAGAUAAAAAAUAAUGGUCAUUGGAAUUUCUUAAUAAGGAUUGGGUUUACUGAUGUUUGGUUUUUUAUACUAUUUUGAAUCUUAUUGGGUAGUGCUGUUAGGCAGUUUUUUGGCCAGAUUAAUUGGUGGAAUAGGUGCAUCCAUGUUUAUGACACCGUUUUAUGCAUUUAUUCCUUAGUUAUUUCCUAAAUAAAUUGAAGAGAAAAUAGCAAUAGCAGAAGUCUCAACAUCCAUUGGAUUUUUAGCAGGUCCCAUAUUGGGAUCAGCUCUAUAUUAGUUGGGAGGGUUCAUCUUGCCAUUCUUUUUCUUUGCUGCCUGCUCAUUUGGGUUAGCAGUGCUUCUGAUAGUCUUUUCAAAGAGCUUGGAUGUCCCUGAAGUCGAUCUUAGUUAAUCUAUCAUUCUACAUUAAUCAAUUUAAAAUCAAGAAUCAAUAAUUGAUGCUGAUUUUAGCAUAUCAUAUUUAACGCUACUUUGCAAUUAUCCAGUUGUAAUAUCCUUUAUUACUAACACAUUAACACUGUCCUUAUGGACAUUCUAUAACCCAACAAUAGCAAUAUAUUUAUUGGAGUAAUAUGAUAUUUAAGAGGAAUAUUCAGGUUAUUGGAUAUCUAUAAAUGCAGCUACAUUUGGAGUUUCCACUAUUUUCAUUUCUAAGAUAAAAUCUCAUAAAAAAUAUUUCAUGUACUUUGGCUUAGUAAUCAGUGGAUUAUUACAAUUUUAUAUGGGUCCUGAUUAUAGUUUCACCAACUUGAAUCCAAGAUUAUUGUAUACAAUGUUAGCAUGGUCAAUCGUAGGAUUCACUGCUGGUUUCCCAUAUGUUCUUACUUUGCCUUAACUCAACCAAAUUCUUAUCAAGGAUUAUUCCAAGUAUCCUACACAAUGUGCAAAUAUUGCAUCUGCUAUGUAUGUUCCUAAAAUCUAUAGUAGUUUUAAUUCUAGUCUAGCAGGGGGAGAACUCUUUGGUCCAAUUCUGGGUGGUUAUCUAACAAAAUGGUAUGGAUUUCAAAGGUCAGCAUCUUUAUUGGGUUUUGCAGUCUUGAUAUGCUGUGUUUGUUAUAUACCUUAUUUAUUUUACUUAGAUGAGAAGUUAGCAAGAAUAAAAGCUAAAAAAUCGAAAAAAGUUGGAUUAAAAGAAUGA